AAGUGCCUCUUGGUCCCAUUAAAGAGUCAUCUGUCUUUCAGUGAAGUCUAUUCUCUGAAUUCGUUUUCUUAACUUUUAGUUUGUUGAACGAAAUUCUGAACUUUCUCAUUGUUUCAGUACAACAAUCAACUUUAUAAAGAAUAAUGGAUGUUUGGCUACAACCGGUGUUUAAAGAUCUCAAUGAAAACAAAAAGUUCUCCGAUUGUCGUAUAUUGGUGGAGGACAAAUCUUUUGAUUGCCACAAGUUAAUUUUAGCCAGUGCAUCGGAGUUUUUCGAACGCAUGUUUUUGAGUGAUUUCAAGGAAUCCAAAUUGGGCGAAUAUCGCGUGAAUGAUGUGAAACUGGAAACAUUCUCAAAGUUCCUCGAUUAUGUGUACACCUACAGCAGGGAAGUUUUGGAAGAUUGUACAAACUCUUUGCUAAUAGAGCUAAUCAUUUGUGGCUCCGCCUGGCUUGUGAAGUCUAUUGUCGUCGUCUGCGGAGAUAUCCUCGUGACUAGGGCACCAAAAAUGGUGAUCGGCGACCUGAUUCAGCUUUUCCGGCACGGUCAAAUAUUGCACCAAAAGAACUUAAUCGCUGUAUCUGUUAACAACUUAAGGACGCGAUACGCGACCCACUUGAACUGCUACGACGCACUAUGCUUGGAGUCAGAAGUCUUCAAGGAGUACACUAUUUUAACCGGAGACUACUUGCCCGAGAUCGAUCGAUUCAGGAUGAUCGAAGCAUACGUAAACUUACAUGGAUUGAUCCACAAUGUUGCGGUUGAUCCUUUGGAGCCCGUCGAAGACGAUAAGAAAAAUGCAUCUGAUAGUAGUGCGGUCAUCGUGAUGAAACUUAAAGAGUGCGAUGAAAAAGCAUCGGAAGCUGAUAACAAGCCGGGAACUUCCAUCAAAACUUCCGUUAACAAUAAGGAAGAGCUUGACAAGAUAAAACUACACAGCAAAUAUGUAAAAACUCUUCUGGGCUAUAUUAAGUACAAUAAGAUUUCUAAAAGGAGUUUUACGGAUAAAAUUGGCAAGUCUGAUUUGUUAACCCCAGAAGAAAAAUACGAAAAACUCUAUUUAACUUACUAAAGCAGUUUUAAAAUUUAAAAACCAAAUACUUAUAUCAUUUGUUUUCUAUUCAAUAUAACAUAUAUUUUAAAAUGAACAAAAUAUCGUAGAAUGGAAAAGAAUAUAGAAUUUUUUCUUUAAUGAAUCUCAGCCUUCGGUUAUGCUUACUUUGACAAGAAUCAAUAUUGUUCUUUAAUAUGAAAAUUAAUAAAAGUUCCCAAUUUGAAUUGCUUA